UACCAUAUAAAGUGUAUAUUUCUAAAUUUGUCAAGAAUCAGACUUUUCGAAUAUAUGCCGGACCGAAUAUAUGUUAAGAGUGGUGAACUGUAGUACAAUCAAGGCCAUUCUUGAAAAUCACACUCUUCCCAAAUCCCUGGUAACGAGAUUACAAGAAUUCAACGAAGUCAAUUAGUAUACUGUUACCCCAACAUCUGUUUUGUCGAAGAAUAAGAUACCAAGAACAAGAAUCUCAUAAAGAAAAGAUGUAUUACAUCAAUCACAAGGACCGAAUUUCGAAAUUGCCGGAGGAAAUAAUCCACCAUAUACUAUCAUUUCUUCUCAUAAAAGAUGCUAUUCGAACAUCCGUUCUUUCCAAGACCUGGAAAUCUGUAUGUUCUUCAUACGAAAUUGUGCAAUUUUUGCAUUUUGAUGAGACUUUAUUUGCUUGGGGACUACCACUUUCUGCUCAAAGUGAGGAAAUAAAGGACAAAUUCAUGAAUUUUGUGAAUAAUCGCUUGUUGACUAUAAAUCAACAACAUACGCCAGUUUUAGAAUUAACAUUGAAUCUGGUUGUUAAUAAUGCUGACUUUUCUCAUGUUGAUCGAUUGAUGAAUCUAGUUAGACAAACUAAGGUUGGAGGAGUUGUGCAUUUUUGUUCAAACAAAAGACUUUCGUUGGUAUAGUGAAAUACGUGAGGACGCAUGUUAUGAUUUUCCUUACCUGGAAAUACUUGUUUCUUCAAAAUGGUUGCAGUCUCUUACUGUACGAGGUUGUCGAUUAUCAUCCACUGUUGGAAACUAUGUGGUCGGAUGUAUUCUUCUUUGAAACAAUUGUGGCUCUCACAUGUUUUUGUGUCGAAUGAGGAAACCAUAAGCAACUUGGCAAGUAGUUGCCCAUUGAUUGAACUUUUAGAGUUUGAAUGUUGCACUUUUGGGAUUGGAACUCUCACGCUUUCUAUAUUUCAUAAGCUAAAGAAAGCCUAUGUUAAGGGUUUUCAGUAUGGCAAUAUUAUUGGUAAAGUUGACAUCAGAGAAUGUGUAAACCUUGAGAGUUUUUCUUGUACUACUUAUUUGGAAUUAUUGUUCAGCUCAGAUAAUCCUAUCAGGGAUCUCCACUUAGUAGACAAUUAUAUCGUAUAUGGAGACCUUACAGCUGAUUUUCCACUUGUUGAGAAAGCAAAGCUUGUGCAAGAAGAAGUUGAUGCAGAUUGGUUUAAAGCAGCUAAUUAUCAUCUAAGUAAGUUAGAAAUAGAAUUUAAUCCUCACGAGAUUCAUGUUGAUUGUCCGAAUUUGAGGUAUUUCAAAUACCGUGGUUUUGGUUGUAAGAUGGUUUUUAUCGAUUGCCCAAAUCUAAGGGAGUUGCUCUAUGAGGGGGACCAAGUACCAUCAAUACUUAAACUUAACUUACCAACUGACAAAUGCCUUGUUAAGUUGCAUUUUCGUCUUUCUUGUGAUUUAGAUACAUCGUGGUUCAUCUGCUUCAGGGUAUUUAUGGAACAUAUAGCAGGACAAAAAAUCUAUUUGACCUUUGUAUUUGACUCAAGAAGGUACAACUCAUGGAUACAGUCCAUGAUACAGGUGGAAUUCAAACUCAAUGAAUUUGGAGCAACAAUUCGGCCUUCCCAACAGAACAAUGUUCACCUUAAAGUGGCGAGGCAAAAUUAUCUCACAAAACAAACUUCAGCAGCUUUUGUGGAUGGGCUAAUUUGGAGCACCUAUCCAACUACCUUGACUAUACUUGGCUAUUGUCGUGGUAUGGUUGAGUACUUGUGUAAAAAAUUAGCUAGGAAAUGCCGAGAUGGAUGUUGUUGUGAGCAGUUUUGCAAUAAAUUUUGGUGGCAUAACAUAGAAGAUUUUGAAGCUACGAGCGGAAAUAAACACAUGAAAGAGAAUUUAGCGUCUAUGGUGAAGAUGCACAACAAUAGUGCAGAGGAUUCUUGUUUCACAUUUAAGUGGCGCUUCGAUCUCCAUUGAAUGGUUCAUAGCAAUGUACUUGCUGAUAUGUUUCAUAUCUAAGAGCUGAAUCAAAGACAUGAAAGAUAAGUUAGCAUCUCUCCACACAAAACAAGUAGUAUGGAUUCUUCUUUCACAUUUAAGUGUUGCUUCGAUCUCCACUGAAUGCUUCACACAAUAAUCCAUAUAACUUAGUAGUUUACGGUCUCCAAUAUGAUCAAGUAUUACACUCAUUUUAUUUUUGCAGUCUUAAGAAUUCUAUUCAAGAUUUUAGCUAUUUUGUAGAGAUCUUGUAAGUCCCAAAAGUCUUACAGUUUCACUAUGUGAAGAACUGUUUACAUUUAUCCAUAUAAUUUGCUAUAGUUUCCUUGAAAGCACUUGUGUAACUGGGAAUAAAUGUAGAGCAGACUAAAGAGUAUUUUGUAGAAAUCAAAGUUUCAAAAAAAUGACAAAAUAGUAUUGGGCCUUCCAGGACAUUAUGUCAGUAAUUUGCCAUGACCAAGGAAGCCCACAAGAGAAGAGUGACCACGACAGUGAUUGCAAUUUCAAUUAGUGUCCAUUUCAAU